AUGAUGAGUGGGGUAGAACCAGCUUCCUCAAAGACGAUUCUCCUGAACUGCGCUUUCCUGGGCUGGACUACGGAGCACAUGGCGCAAAGGGCUGCGGAGAACUUCAGCAAGGGGAUCGAUCCCGACUUUGCAGUCCCCGCGUUCAUGAUUGGCCUGCAAGUUUCCUUCACGGCCUUCUUCGCCAUCGAGUUGCAGUUGCACUGGUGGUCGGAAGGUUUCCUCGGCUUCCUGAAGUCGGAGGACGUUGGUUGGCACGUGCUGGACAUCCUGUGCGUGGCUGUCGGGGUGGUGGACUGCAUUCUGGACCUGGAGGAACGAACCCAUCCUGGUCAGCACAGCGUGCUCAGUCAGUUCACGGUGGUGCGUGGGAUCCGCGUCGUGCGUAUACUACGUGUGGUACGCGCCAGCCGAGUCAUGCAGAUGUGCCGGGAGCUUCGUAUGAUGGUUUUCUCCACCGUCAACUGCCUGAAGUCCGUGCUGUGGAUUACGAUCAUCUUCUCUGUGAUCUUCUACAUGUUCGCCAUCGUCUUUACGUCAGGAGUGGUAUCCUACUUGGACACGGUAGAGCUGAGAAGAAGCAGCGAGCAUAGCGACUUGCAGACCUACUUCGGGAGCUUAUCCCACUCUAUGCUGUCACUGUACAUGGCGAUGGCAGGAGGAAACAACUGGACGGUCUACUACAGUGCCCUGGCGUCCAUGGACAACGGAGGCAUCUACUGCUCAGUCUUCCUCCUCUACAUCACCUUCAUGUUGUUUGCUGUGGUGAACAUCGUGACGGGCGUUUUCGUCGAUGCCGCGAUGCAGUCCAGCCGGGCAGAUCAAAGUGUGGUCGUGCAGCACGAGCUGGAAACGAAGAAGCACUACCUGGACUCCUUGAAGGCCCUCUACGAAGCCAUCGACGAGGAUUCCUCUGGGAUGAUCACCAGAGAGAUGUUGGAGGCCUCCUUUCAGAAUGAAAGCGUCCUGGCAUAUCUCAGCGCUCUGAAGCUGAACACACCGGACGCGUCCACGCUCUUUGACCUUCUCGACUUCGACCAGUCGGAUGCCAUCGACAUCGAUGAGUUUCUUCUGGGCUGCUACAACCUCCAUGGCGAUGCAUCGAACAUUGAUGUCAAGUUGACCCAUGCAGAAGUCAGGUUUGUGAAGGAGACGUUGCUGGACCUCAUCGAAGACGUCCACGAAAUGAAGCAACAGCUGCCUGGAAAUCCCUCUCAGCCGACGAGCGGGCUUGAGCCCGGGAAUUCAGAGCCUCUUAUGCCUCAAACCCUAAACCCUAAACCCUAA